GAGGAGCUGUGGGUAAGCUAUCAGCGUAUCAAUAGUUGCUUCGCGGAUGUGGUCAUACGGACGAGUCAUCACACCGAUCUCUUCUGGAUCCAGGACUACCAUCUCCUCAUGCUCCCGCAGUACCUCACGCGGAAAAUACGGAAGGCAAAGUAGGGCGGAACCAUGUUCUUUUGUGACACUAUAUAUUAUAACUUAGAUAUGACAGGCUAGAAGGUAAAUGAAUGAAUGAAUGAAUGACAACAUAUAACUUAGAUUGAUAAACAGUUGUCAUAUCAGUCAGAAGCUUAUUAAUGUACUUAGAUGGACAGACUGUCACAAGAAAGUGACCGUACUAAGGUAAAUCAAAAAGAGCGUUCAUAUCAGAAGCAUAUUAUAGAUAGAUAGAUAGAGAGACAGACAGACAGACAGUUACAACAAGAAGGUGACCGUACGAAGGUAAGUCAAAAGAACCAACAAUUUUUCUACUUAUGGGCACGAGCUAAGUAAGUACUUGAUGAGGCCGUUGUAUGUACAUCUAAGAGAUUGAUUAUCUGCUGCAAGGAUGUCUUAAUCAAAAUCAUAUUCAAGAAGUCAGCAUUAUCCAGUCUCCAUUCUACGCAUGAUUAUUGCCUAUCCUGCCCUUGACGUUCAUCAUUCCCCUUCCUCUCCUUCAUUCCUCUAUCGGCUUGUACCUGCACACACCGUUCCCGAGCUCAGACAUUUUCAAGUGUCUCCCAUGGCGGGAAGAAAUACUACGUGCGAUGCUAUGCGCAGAUCUUGUAGGAUUUCAGUUUUUCGAGUAUGUCCGCAAGUUCUUCAUCACUGUAAAAAAGUUCUUGGGACUCGACUACCAAUUUCUGCGCUACGGGCAGAUGGCAGUGGAAUACGGCGGCAGGAAUGUAAUUUAUGACCAAGGAAUUUGGAAGAGUGCUUGAGGAAAUGGGUGUGCCCAGUCCUGGCUGAUUGCUGUUGCGGUCGUGGUUUAUUCCACUUCUUUUAGUAAUUACACUGUGAUAGAAGAGAUGAUGAAUGAACUUCGAAUUUUCCCGUGACUAGAGGACAAGUAUCUUUGUUUCAUGCCUCGGUCACAGUUGGUCACGUGAUGGUAAAUGUCGCGGAGGUUGCGCAGGCGGCGAGCAAAUUAGGCGAGCUAAAAGAAGCCCUUAGAGCUGACGACCUUUCGGCUGCGCAGAACACUCAGCGAGGAUUGUUGGAGGACGCAACACACGAGAGACCAGUAGUUGUUAUGGUUUACCGAACAAUUGUAUUCUUCACUACCAUUCAUGAUCUUGACUUGUUUUCCAAUAGGAAGGAAUAAGAAGUCAACAAGGAUGAUCUCUCUGAAGAAUGUAAUGGCGCAACCCCUGCUAAGGUACAGUCGGAUGUUGUUGAGGGUCGUGCCUUGGCAAGAGAAGGAGGAGGAGGAGGGCACUCAGCUGCUCUGUUUAGCAGUGGUGGUGCGGAAUUUGGGGGUCUAGAAUUUGUUCCCGCACGAUCAAGUGGUGCGCGUGUGAUCCAACAAAGCGGCUACUCUGUAGG